UUUAAGAUUAGUGAAAAUUUUGUUGCUAAACUCUGUCAGAAAUAUUCUGUGAAGAUCGUCAUUGAUCGCAAUUUAAGAAAUAAAGUGAAAAAAAUAAGUAAAGUAAUGAAAUUUCUUUCAUUUCUGAUAUUUUGCGUGUUUAUGCAUGCAACGUGGGCGGGUGACGAUAAACAAAUUCAUUUGGAAGAUAUUGAGAGAGACACUCUCAUAAGUGAAACUGAUCGAUCAAAGCCUCAAGACGACAAGGAACAGUCACAGCAAUCAACACAACAUAUUCAGCUGAGUUACUCAAAAAAUCCUCAAGAUAUUUUCGUUACACCGAUGCCGGGUCGUCAUGCUUCGAAAGAUUCGCCAUCUGAGCUCCGAUCUCAGCUUUACCAUCUCCCGAAGGUUCAUGAGUCUGACCAAACUUAUACAGUGCCAGCAAAACAAACUUUAAUCCACCCGAUUAUAGGCGGCAGUCAACCAAUUCAGCCAGUUAUCGCUCCGCAACCUCAGUACAUCUAUAUUCAGUCACCUCAAGCACAUCAAUCAUUUUUGCCACAACCCCAAGCUUUCGUUAUGGUUCCUUAUGCGACUCAAUAUACUCAACAUCAAUCACCAAUUCAUGUUCCGCAACAUUCUGUUUUAUCGCAACCGCAAAUAGCACCACCAACGCCAGCAGUCAUCAAUUAUUCUCAUGGAUCAACGUCACCACCUAACCAUCAUCAAUCCUAUCAAAAUUUGAAGUCGGUUGAGUACUCUCUUCCUUCAACUGCCGCGCCAUUACAGACGUCUGUGGAUUACAAGCAUGUAACGCCAAUAACAAUCGUGCCGAAGAAAACCUUGCCAUCAGUCUCCACAACUUCAUUCCAGCAAUUUUAUUCACCUGGCUUGGAAUAUCACUACACGGAAUCACUUCCAGUAACGAAAUAUUCGCCACAACAAACCUUCACUUAUCAACAAGCGCCAGCUCAUAAUUACAUUCCACAAAGUCAAGCUUUCAAUUAUUAUCAUGUUGGACCGAGUGCAGCAUACAACACAAGGCAUCAAUCUCAUGGAUUCAUGGAAUCUUACGUUCCAAAUCUAAUGACUUAUUCUCGUCCACAACACCAUCAUCAAUCGUCGCAAUAUAAAAACAAUUAUCAUCCGACACAAUAUCAACAAAGUCAUCAUCACAUCCCGCAGCAACUUUUCACGCCUACACAAAUUCCGCAUUAUGCGCCAUAUCCAUCCCCUCAAGCUUACAACACAAUUCAAUAUUCGGUUCCGUUGCCUGCUUAUGAUCACAGCAAAAGAUCAACAUCAAAAGCAACUGCAACAUUAUCCGUCAAAGCUCCUAAAGCGAAUUAACUUUUAAUUUGAAUCAUCUUUUGAAUGAUUUUCACAAUUCAAUUUUCUUUCAUAAUUUUUUUGUUUUAUUUGUUAUCUCCAUAAAUGUUAUUAAUAUCACAAGAAACUAAUGCGAGGUUGAGUAAUUUAUAUUAGCUAGUCGAUGCGAUGUUACGAGAUGAACAAAAACAAUACUUUUGUUUCUCGCAUUUUUUUUAUUGAUCAUAAACAUGGUUUGUUCAUUAAUUAAUUCAUUAUUAUGUUGCAUUAAAGUGAAAAAUAAUAUUUUCUUAAAUAAAAAUUAAUUUUUAUAAAUUAUGAUUGAAUU